UUGUACUGUCUCUGCCGGCUGCUGUGUGAAGUUUACUUUUGACAGAAAUCUGUAAAUUAGCACGUUUAAUUUUUUACAAGGAUUAUCAGGAGGAGAUGGCGUGUUCUACAGUUCCUUUAGAUGAACAGCAGGUAACUGAAGCUUUAGGACCACACGGUACAGAGAGAACGCUUCCAGCUCUGCACCCUGAUCGCAAAGAGGAGCGGGGCUUCCUGCCGUACAAACCCCCGCCCGACGCCGACUCACCUGCUCAGGUGGAGGAGUUUCUGGAGCAUGCUCAGUUCAUCGCUGAGGACCUGGACUGGCUGCUGGGUUUACCUCAUGAUAAAUUCUGGUGCCAGGUGGUGUUUGAUGAGUCUUUACAGAGGUGUUUAGACUCGUACCUGCGCCUGGCUCCUCGUGGUAUCGACUCCUCCUGCCUGUCUCUCUCUCCGGCCGUGUCGAACGCACAGCGCCUCCUCCAUCGCUCCGUCUUCAUGGUCUUCCUCAGAAUGGCCACGCACAAAGAGUCCAAGGAGAACUUCAUCACUCCUGCUGUGUUUGGGGAAAUCAUUUAUGACAACUUCCUCUUCGACAUUCCCAAAAUUCUGGAUCUGUGUGUGUUGUUCGGCAGAGGAAAUUCCCAACUGCUGCAGAAAAUGAUGGAGAACAUCUUCAAACAACAGCCCGGUUACUACGGCGACCUGAACGAGACUGUACCCUCCAUCAUUCAGGUGUUCGGUACCAUCCUGGGGAAGUGUGGACUGCAGUCAGAGGAGCUGAGCAGCAAUGAACCUCUUAAACUCAACACGCACCCACGCCUCACUGCCAUGACCAUGAAAGAGGAGGAUUUCUCUGAGCUGGUGUGCUACCUGUGUGAUACCUGCACCACCAUCCACUCGUUCCUGGACAUUUUCCCUGAAGCCUGUAACACCUUCCAUCAACACGGCUUUCUCAACAGACUCUCCUCGUUCUAUGAGAUGGCGCUGCCUGAGAUGGAGAGAGUCGUGACGAAGAGGAACUUUGAUAAAUAUACUCAGGAUGAUUUGUGGAGACGAUUGUCACACUCCCGCAGGAGAAUGCUGGAUAUAGCACACACACUGCUCCAACACACCUGCCUACAACCCAUUCUAGAGGGGUCUGAAAACACGGUUGCUCAUGUUGAGGACUUCCUUCAGACCUUCACCGUGUUCCUACAGGAGAAAAGGUUCCUAGCCGAUUACGACGAGGUGUUUCCUGUAGCCGAGGACGUGAGUCUCCUUCAGCAGGCCUUCCCUCACCUAGAUGAAACCCGAACGUCGUACCUGUUACACGCUGUUGAGUCUGCAUGGGAGAGUACGGGGAAGAAACGCCCUUCACACCUGUCAGCCAAUCACAGCGAAGCAUUCGCAGCGUUCUCCGAUCCCUCUCGGACGCAUGCGGACGAAAAGAGGGAGGAGCCUGCAGGGGCGGAGUGUACGAUCGACUUUCCUCAGAAGGGAGCCAAUGGGGCAGAGUGCAGCGUGAGUGCCGGAGAGCUGGAGUCUCUGCUCUCUCACAUCCGAGAUUUGCUGCCGGACCUGGGCGAGGGUUUCCUGCUGUCCUGUCUCCGGACGUACGGCUACGACAGCGAGCUGGUCAUCAACAACAUCCUGGAGGACAGACUGACGCCCGAGCUCAGUCAGCUGGACAGGAACCUGCCCAGGCCGGCGAAGGAAGCACCAGCAGCGGUGCUCAACUCCAGAUCCAACGUGUUUCACGAUGACGAGUUUGACGUGUUUACUCGCGAUAAGGUGGAUAUGAGCCGCGUGUGGCGGGGAAGGAGACAGGGCGAGAGCGUGAAAGCCAUGCUCGAUGACAAGCAGCACAUCAAUGAUCAGAGGGACCGCUAUCGCUCCUACCAGACCGUCGUUGAUGAGGUUCCCAUAGCAACAGGCCACUCGGGUGACCAAGACGGCGCUUCGUACGUCGACGACGACUACGACGACGACUACGACGACACGUACGACAUCAACCAGGUGGGCGCUAACGACCUGGACGAGGACGACGAACUGCUUAACCGCAGACCGUUUACGACCCCCCAGGUCCUCAGAAGAGGACGAGCAGAGGAAGAGGAGGAGGAUGACGAUGAGGAAGGACGGGACGAAUCAAAGGAGGAAGCAGUAAAGCGAGAUCACUUCCUGCAGGACCCGGCGCUGCUGAGAGAGAGAGCCGAGGCCCGGCGGGCCGCCAUGCAGAGCCGACGAGGCUACAGACCUCCACCCGCCAGCAACGUGGUGGGCGGGCCGAAGGGGCGCGGCCAGACUCGGGAGACCGACCGGGACCGGCGCAGGAAGGAGGCGAACAAGGGCCGAGGGGCCAAUCACGGUCGCCGGGCCAUGGCCGACAGGAAGAGGAACAAGGGCAUGAUCCCGUCCUGAUGGGUCCCCGUUGCCGUGGGAACAGAUGCUGCUUAAGUGUUCGGUUCCUGGAGAACCGAGUUUGUAGGACUGGGCUGAAGGACCAGGAACCCGUUCUUAUUUUAAUAAUGAUUAGUAAUGGAGUUAUUGAUUUGAACCACACAGGAAAUGAUUCCAGUAAUGUAGUCCACGGGGGAGGGGGGGGGGGUAUGGGUUCUUACCCACUGUUCAGUCCCACCCGACGUGUUCUCCAGACUGUACUGGGAUCGCUCUCUGGCGGGUGAAAAGAAACGUUCUCUAUACCAAUUCUGUCCUUGUUCUCUAGAUUUCCCCCGUUAUCUUCCAAUUUAGUCAUUUCCACUUCCCACUUCCACAAUCCACGGUCUGAUCAAAGAGAGUCGGAUCACCACACGCCCCCUCUGACACGUGUCCAAUCUGCACCUCUUCUUAUCACCCGCCGGUGUUCCCACAAAGAGCCGUAUCGCGUACGGAGAGCCACGCUGGCCAAACCCCCCUCCCUCCCUCCCUCCCUCCCUCAGACACGCCCGAUCGUGUUCCAACAUUGCCAGCAACCCGAGCGCCCUCAGAUUCUGCCCUCUUGAUCACUUAUUUAAGUUAAUAAUAAUAAUAGGACGCUCAGGUGGAAGAGUGGUAAAUUACGCCAGCCCUACCCCACUACCGCUUGGAUCCAGGGUUUGAAUUCCCAGUGGUGCUGUCGACCAGUCAGGCGUCUACAUACAGACAUGCUGGGGUGGCCAAGGUACUGCAGGGAUUCCAGGGAAAACGGACCAGGAUAAAAGGGUUAAAAACAUGAAAAUUUAAUAAUAAUAAUAAUAAUAAUAAUAUGUUCCUGAUUAUCGGCUUACUGAGAUGCACUGGAACCCUGACUGUGUACAUGCUGCUUGUAUGUCUAGUGUCAGCUGGAUUGAGAACGGAGAUGCACUUAAUGAACAGGAAUGACAAAUAAACGUUGUUUUUCCA